UUGAUCUUGUUGUACUGUGUAACACACGCUGCCUGCCUUGCCUUCCUUUUACCUGUCUAUGUUGCCUUCUCGGUGAAGUUGGUGAAAGCCAGGAGAUAUGCCAAGGAAAAGAGGAUCACCACCAGCGUCUGCAGAAUGCGAGGACACGGCUUCUGCUAAAUAUAGAAAACUGAAGGCUGAUAUGUGUUCUUCCCCAUUACAUUUUGACACCCCGUUAAGUUUGUUUAAAAGUCUGAUUUCUCCAAUUGGAAUAGAGGAAUUCUUUCACGAAUACUGGGAAAAGAAGCCCUUGUUUUUGCAGAGAUCUGACCAACGCUUAGCCAGCUAUUACCAGUCACUCUUUCAGUUGUCAGACCUGAAAGAACUGUGUAGUCAUGAGCUUGAGUAUGCAAGGGAUGUCAAUGUCUGCCGAUGUGUGAAUGGCAAGAAGAAAGUAAUGAAUAAGGAAGGACGUGUUAACUACAGUAAUCUGAAAAAAGACUUUGAUCAGAAGAAGGCCACGAUACAGUUUCACCAGCCUCAAAGAUUUAAGGAUGAGCUUUGGCGUAUUCAGGAGCGCCUAGAGAGUUUCUUCGGGGCCCUUGUGGGAUCGAAUGUGUACAUCACACCAAAGGCAUCUCAGGGGCUGCCUCCACAUUAUGAUGAUGUUGAGGUAUUCAUCUUGCAGCUAGAGGGAGAGAAACACUGGAGGUUGUACAGUCCUACUGUCCCACUGGCUCGUGAGUACAGCCUGGAGCCAGAGGAGAGAAUAGGCAACCCAACACAUGACAUUACCCUGAAGGCAGGGGAUCUGUUGUACUUUCCCAGAGGUACCAUACACCAAGCAAAUACUCCUGCCGAGGUGGAUCACUCCACGCACCUAACUCUCAGUACUUACCAGAACAUGUCUUGGGGAGACUACCUGCUGGACAUAUUCCCAGGUUUUCUGUUUGACUCAAUGAAAAGAGAUAUCGACAUGAGAGCUGGAUUGCCCAGACAGCUACUUACUAAUGUUCGUGUAGGCCCAGAGGUCUGUACACAGCUCUCUACGUUCCUGAGAUGUUUGGCAGAUAAAAUGGAGAGGGGUGAACAGGAGCUACGCUCUACAGACAUGAAGAGAGACUUUGUGUCCAACAGGCUUCCACCUUUUGCGCAUGACAACACAAACAUGCCAACUGGAAAGAUGCCAACACUUGAGGACUGUGUGUGCAUGAGAUUUAAAGACCAUGUCCUCAUAACAGUGCAGCCAAGUCAGGAUAGAACAGAUGAGGCUACAGAGAUGGAAGUGUUUGUGGUGCAUUCGCUAAGGAAUAACAGAGAGAUUCACAUGAUGGGAGAACCAGAAGAUGACGAGGAGGAGGAGGAAUGUCUAAGUCAGGUCCAGGGUGUGCGCUUCCCUCUCUCUCACCUUCCUGAACUCAGGCGGCUCCAGAGUGAAGAGCGCCUCCUGGUGUCAGAACUCCAGCUGGAGCCAGACUCUGCACGACUGGGCCUAGUGCUGGGACUCUGGACAGAGGGGCUGCUGGAGGUCUGCUCCCCCACUAGACAAUAGAAAAGGAUCCGGGAAUCAGGCUGCUGAAAUCACCUCACAUUUACCUUGUAUCCUCUCAUAGAGGAAAUUAUUGUUAAUAUAAAUUUGCAACACCAAAUAAAAGCAUGCCUGUACUAAA